AAGGCCUAGGGUUAGCCCAUAUAAUCUGAACAAUCCACAGCUUAUAGCUGCUCCCAAAUAAGGAUUCCUUGUGUUAUUUCAUGAUCCCUCCACCGAGUUGCUACUGCUGAAGGAGAGAGAUGAGGCUCCUCACUCACAACAUGCUAUCCUCCAACAUCAAGGGGGUCUCUAUUGGCUUCCCUCUGCGAAUCGAGGUAGAGAAAGUGAUGGAAAAGCAAGUGGACUUUAACCCCGAUUUCCUCAAAAACAUGUUCUCCAAGAUCGAGUGGAAGGCUCUCGUCGAUGCGGCGAGAACCAUGGGCUACGUUGAGUUACCGGAGGAGGCAGAAUCGUCGAUGCUUGAUUCGGAUGAAUUUCUGAGGAAGUUUCAUCACGCGCUUUUGGAAGUUCAUCUUGAGGAGGGGGCUUUGGUUUGUCCUGAGACGGGUCGUAGGUUCCCAGUGAAUAAAGGGAUUCCUAAUAUGCUUCUUCACGAAGAUGAGGUUUGAAAACCUUUUUCCUGGAAGCUAUUGUGAGAUGUAGGUUAGGGUUUUUGUAUUUCGGGAGAUUGAGUGGGUUUUGGGUUUUUAGUGAGUUUUAGUUUUGAGUUAUGAAAUUGGAACAUCGAAAGUUUAAUCAGAUCCAUUGCAUAUUCUCUGUGAUCA